UUUUUUCGGUUAGAUACAGUACGUGGAAAGAGUGUCGUUGAAGAGGUACACUAUGAUUGGAAAGACCCUAGUACUCGCAGCUACGCUAGCCGUAGCAGCUGCAGCGCCUGUCUACGGUCCCGUCUCCUACGGCCCACACCUCUCGUAUGGAUAUGCAGCCAAAGCCAUCCAACCCCUGCACACAGUCACCCUAGCCAAGCCAAUCGUAGCGGCAGCCCCACUCAUUCACCAUGCCCCGGUGAUCGCUCAUGCUGCUCCCCUGGUCAAGCACGUCGAAGCCUACGAUCCAAACCCACACUACAGCUUCAGCUACGGAGUGGCUGAUCCCCACACCGGAGACUCCAAGCACGCUGAGGAACACCUUGCCAACGGAGUGGUGCACGGAAGCUACUCUCUGACGGAGCCGGACGGUACCAUCCGUAAGGUUACCUACACCGCUGAUAAGAUCCACGGAUUCAACGCGGUCGUUGAGAAGUCUGGCCACGCCGUCCAUGCGGCACCCGUCUUCAAGAAGGUCGUGGCUCCAAUCGUGCAUGCGGCCCCAAUUGUGCACUACCACCAUUAACCGUUGCCGCCGGCAAACCGAAACUGACUUUAAAUACAGCUUGUAUGAUACGUUUUUUUUUGUUUAGUAUGUAAGAGUAGCGAAUAAGUAAAUAAAUGGACGCAGUAUGUCGCCGUUGACGCGAUACUAGGUUUAAUCGAACAAAACCAAUAAAACUGGAUUGAAGUUCGACUGCAGACGUCGAAAAAGACUAUGCAGUUGCAUUUCUUGCAGUAAGCAAAUGA